AAGAAUAUUCUGUCUUGCUUAUUCAUUUUGGCAGGAUACCACCACCCACACCAUGUGGCCAGGAAACAGAAGCAGCCUUCUUGAAGUUCUAACACAUAUCUCUUUAGCACUGCUGGAAAUGGAUUAUCUCGCUUUCUUCGUUGCUGCUGUUCUACUAUCAUAUGAAAGCUGUACUACAGUCACAGUGGAAGGAAAACAUGAGGAUUCAACUGUGAAGCUUGGCAGCACUAUGACUCUUGAGUGUGUCUAUCCAAAGACUGCAACUAUAAUUCAGGUGUCAUGGAGCAAAGAAAAGGGCAAAGGAAAAGAAAACAUUGUAGUCUUCAGACUGCCUUAUGACCUGCACAUGGAAAGGAGAUACUUGUCCAGAGUUAAUGUUGGUAAUGUAACUACGAACAACAAGUCCCUCAUUUUUUACAACACUACUGAGGAAGACAUUGGAUUUUACUUAUGCUCCUUUCAAACUUUUCCAUAUGGAACUUGGGAAAAGAGAAUACAGGUUGUGAGAUCAGAUGAGUUCAGUUCCCGAGUCUUUUUGGAUCCACAGGCUUUGGAAGGUUCCCGGGUUAUUGAAUCAGGGGGAAAGAUUACCAUAACACAUUGGCAUGAUCCAAAUAUAGUUGUGAAUCGAGUGGUAUGGGAAUGGAUCCAAAUAGAUCAUGUGGACCUCAUAAGCAUGUGCCUUAAUUCUGCUAUGCCAAUAUAUGGUUCUGAUUACCAAGAGCGGGCAAAGACACGCUGUGCCAAUCAAGCAAACAGCACCCUUGUUCUCUGGAAUAUCACAUUUUCUGAUUCUGGGAUAUAUCGCUGUUCUUUCAUUGGAGAAAAUGGUAACGACGCAACUGGUUGGACAAAACUGACUAUUAAAAGCAAUGAUCCUUUGGUUUCCAUACAACAUAUUGUUUAUAUCACUGCUGCUGCCAUCAUACUAUUAAUUAUCAUUUCAGCCAUUGUCACGACUAUUUUUAAGCACAGAAGAAAGGAAAAGAAGGAAAGGAAGAAGAUGAAUACCUUUUGUGUUGCUGAAACCCAGCUUUCACACAACUAUGGAGAAUCUGGAUGCCACCGCAAAGUAAAUGCAAGGAGACAAAAAAACAUGGCAACAUUUGAGAAAAUAGAAGAACCGGUAUAUGUGAACUACAAUGAUUAGACAUGAUUUGUACACAUACUGGAUAAGCAAGUGUGGCUUCUUAGUGAAUAAGCAAGAUCUACAGAAGUGCAUUGAUUUUACUGCUGGAACAACCUGCUUGAAUUUUCUUCUGUAAAAUUAUACCUAUUCUAGAUUUUCUGUCUUCCUUUGAAACUGAAGAAAGGUUUUCACAUAUGUAAAAUAAAAAUGUGUGAAAACUAUAAGUAUCUGCUAGGAAAUAAUUUAUAUACAUAAAACAAAAAUGAUUUUGCAAGAAAAUCAAAAAUACUUUGAUAUCUGCAUAUCAGUGGAGCUAUAAAUAGGUAGACUAGAAAAUAAU